UCAUGACGGGUUUUUUUUUUGGUUCAUUUUGAUGAAUAUUGAUGGUUUUGGUUGCAGUGCCGCAAAUUCGCGAGCUGAUCCUUAGUAGCUUUUGUUAUUCAUUGGAUUCCGGAGGAAGUACUUUGAUGAAUUGCUUGGCAGCUUCCGAGGUUAAUUUGGGUAUUUCACAGGAAGGUCUUUUCCCAUAAAUUUGAGUCCCUAUCGAGGGUUCAAUUCUUCAGGUCAAGGUCUGGGUCUCAUGAGAAUUACAGGGGGCAUGCAGAGAUCGAUUCCGGAGGAGCUGAAGGCGCUGGACUGUAAAAAAUCGUUCAGCCAGGGGAUUGGCGUAACCUUUCCUAAGGCGAGGACGCGUGAUAAACUGCAAAUUUACACUUUGAACAUUUGAGUUUGGAAGAGAGACCGGGCAGCGAGGGUAAUUUAGCCGGAAAGUGAAAGAACAAAGAUGACUCGUAUCUUAAUUCAGCGUGGGUCCUCUGGUUCUUCAUCAAACCCUUGUCGCUCGACCUUGCCUAGCUCCUCUUCAGCUCUAACACAGCAGCUCGUCACACCUCUGCUUCCUUCUGGCACUAAAGAAGAGGAACAGGAGGAAGAAGUGCAGGAAUUCGUGGCCUCAGAUGAUCUUUUUCACCUUUGUGAAAGUGGAGAUGAUAAUAAGUCAGCGAGGGCUGAUGAGUCAUUACCUGAAAGCAUUCAGGGUGGUCAAAAUGGAAACGCGUUUGAUGAUUAUUUUGAUAAGGAGAAAACUAGUGAUGAGGAUGCUAUGAAUUUCGGGGUCGUGAUGAAUGAGUUGGUUGGCCUGCGGAUUACUGAGAACCUCGAGUUAAGUGAAAAUCAAGGAUCGAGUGGUGGUACUUCCCAGGUAGUGUCUAGUAGCUCCCAUCCCCCUCCACCUCCUCCCGUCCCUCCACUUAAGCCUCUGGUGGUACACACGAGUUCAAGGCGAACUGUUUUAGGCAAUUCAAACACUGGCCGGACUGGUUCUUCUAGAAGAGCAUUAGCCUGGCCUGUUGCCGCUCGGACUUCCCCAUCUGGUUCACGUCCUCCUUCUCCAAGGUCUUAUGGUGAAGGGGAGGAUUACAAUAGUGCAGAUGAACAGAGUCAAUAUUUUGGAUCCUCCUAUGAUGAUGCAGAGAGAGAAUGCCAGUUUGAGAUUGAUAUAAGACGAGCCAAGGGUUUAGAAGUUAGACGAAUGGUGGAGGAUGGAAACUGCCUGUUUCGUGCUGUCGCAGAUCAAGUGUACGGGGACACUGAAACAUAUCAUUUGAUUAGGCAAAUGUGUAUCGAUUAUAUGGAGAGGGAGAGGGAUCACUUCUCCCAAUUUAUAACAGAAGGUUUCACAUCUUAUUGUAAAAGGAAGAGGCGAGACAAGGUGCAUGGAAACAAUGUAGAGAUCCAGGCUCUAUCUGAAAUGUACAAUCGUCCUAUCCAUAUUUAUUCAUACAGCACAGAACCUAUCAAUAUUUUUCAUGGUAGCUACAAUACAGAUAGUCCUCCUAUACAUCUAAGUUAUCAUCUCAGUAAUCAUUACAAUUCGCUUGUUGAUCCACGUCGAUUGACAAUUGGUGCAGGCCUUGGAUUCAGUAGUCUCCGAGGGACAAACGUUGAUAAAGAUCAAGUGAAAGCUGCUAUCAGAGCUCAGCAAGAUCAACAGAUUGAUAAUGCUCUUCUUGCUGAGGGACGAUUCUACUCAGAUCUUGAGCUCACUGAGAAGGAAAUUGAGCACAUGGUGAUGGAAGCUUCAAGGGCUGAGUAUCUUGCUAAUGACAAGUCCAGACAGCAGGUUGGCUUCAGGGAGUCUUCUGCUUCUAGCGCUGAGCCAUCAUCCUCGGGAACUAUGACAGGGCCAUCAAGUAGUGUGUCCCAGGUGAAAUAUAGGACAGAGAGGGGUUUGCCUGAUACUAUCCUUAGCAGCAACAUGCAGAUGGUCUUGUCAAUGGGGUUCAGUUACUUGCAAGUGAUUGAAGCUUAUAGUAUCUUUGGAGAUGAUGUGGUUUCAAUUGUUUGCUACCUAUUAGAGACGGACAGUAGCAGCAGACGCAAAGGGAAGGCAGCAGAAUGAGCAAAAUAGAACUAUAGAGAAUGUGAUGGUGUCCUCUGGAUGACAAUGUAGUGGAAAAGAAACUGAUGUGAUGAGUUGGAAGUCAUUAAGAACUAUAUAUACAUGCUAAAAGGGUAUUGGUAUUAUAAAGAUUAGGACC